GGGAGGAACAGAGAGAGAGAGAGAGAGAGAGAGAGAGCUGCAGCAGGGACAGCAAACAGCCGCUUUCCCUCAAACACCACACCGGAGAGCCGCCGACACACACACACACACACACACACAGACAGACCGGCCGACAGACAGACAGACAGACCGGCCGACAGACAGACAGACAGACAGGCACUGCUGCUGCUCUUCCUGUGUGUGUUUAAUAUUUCUCGCCUCCGACAUUGUUUCUCGGUGUCCUGGGCCUCAGCUGUGACUUGUUGGAAUAUGGUGGGGGAAAUGGAGCCGAAGGAGAAGCCCAAGCCGAGCCCAGACUAUCUCAUGCAGCUGAUGAACGAUAAGAAGCUGAUGAGCAGCCUGCCCAACUUCUGCGGCAUCUUCAACCACCUCGAGCGCCUCCUCGAUGAAGAGAUCAGCAGAGUACGGAAGGACAUGUACAAUGACACAUUAAAUGGGAGCACGGAGAAGAGGAGCUCGGAGCUCCCCGACGCUGUGGGUCCAAUUGUACAGCUGCAGGAGAAGCUUUACGUGCCUGUUAAAGAAUAUCCUGAUUUUAAUUUCGUAGGACGGAUCCUUGGCCCACGGGGGCUUACGGCCAAGCAACUGGAGGCUGAGACAGGAUGCAAGAUCAUGGUGAGAGGCAAAGGCUCCAUGCGAGACAAGAAAAAGGAAGAGCAGAACCGCGGAAAGCCCAACUGGGAACACCUGAACGAAGACCUGCACGUCCUAAUCACAGUAGAAGAUGCUCAGAACCGUGCUGAGAUCAAACUCAAACGAGCCGUGGAGGAGGUGAACAAGUUGCUGGUGCCUGCAGCUGAAGGAGAGGACAGUCUAAAGAAGAUGCAAUUGAUGGAACUGGCCAUUCUAAAUGGCACCUACAGGGAUGCCAACAUUAAAUCACCUGCCCUUGCCUUCUCUCUUGCAGCGAGUGCCCAGGCCCCCCGCAUCAUCAGCGGCCCAGCGCCCGUGUUGCCCCCGGCUGCCCUGCGCACUCCCGCACCUGCUGGCCCCACCAUCAUGCCCCUAAUUCGGCAGAUCCAGACUGUCGUGCCCAACGGCUCAGCCCACGCCCAUGCUGCCGCCGCCACCCUGGUGCCUCCCGGGCCGGAGUCAGCUGGCCUGAUUUACGCCGCACCCUAUGAAUACCCAUACACACUGGCGCCAGCCACCUCCAUCCUCGAGUAUCCCAUCGACUCCAGUGGCGUGUUAGCAUCCUCAAAGGCCGAAGAGCUGCCGCUGUACCUGGGCUUUCAGACCUGUCACUUUCCCAUCACUGUGCAGCGCGCAGAGCCAGCCAGCCGGCCUCCUUUUUAAAGCAGACCCACUCCCCUCAUCCCCUUUUCUGACCCUCACUCACCUUACACACACACACACACACACACACUUUGACACCCUCACCCCCUCCCUGCAAACACUCAUCUUAUUGGAUUGACCGGAAAGCACCCCCCUCUUCCUGGAGCCUGUGCUCCUCCAGCCUUUCACUGUGUGUCUCUUCUGCGACCUGAAGCCUGUUUUGUUUUUGGUUGUAUUUAAUGUCAUGUGUUGAAACUGUGUACCAUAACGAGAGAAAAAGCACUGAGCCCCAAACUGCUGCAAACCCUCUCUGGAUGCUCCCUCCUUCAGUGCGGAGGGUGUAUCAGGAGAGGUGACAUGAAGACGGUGAGGGGACAGUGGGGGUCAGACAGGGGCUGCUUUGGGAGUCAUAGGAUGGCGGGAUUGUUAAAAAAGUUCUACUCACACAGCUGUUUGAUGGUGCUCUGUGGCAGUGAGUUCCAAGGUUGUUUACAGUAUAAUAUGAACCAAUAUAAAAAUUAAAAAAAAAAAAAAAUACCAUAGCCUUAUGCAUGCAGUGACCAAAUCCAGCAUCUCUGCUUUUCAAAGGUCUUUGGCACAGACUGCCCGAAAAUGGCUUUGAUAACGCAUGGAAUUGUAGUGUGUGUUGCUUCUUGAGGACAGACACUCCUGGCACUAAUUUCACAUUCCCUUCCUUUAUUCUUUAGGUGUGGCUUUCCCCACGAAAGGCUAAAAGUGCUUUCGAGGAUCCUUACUGAGCCCCUCAUCCGAUCUGAGUGUUAACACACAUGCGCUUUCGUUUCACAGCGGCCUUGUUAUUUCUUGAGUGUUAAUGAAUUAUGAAAUCAAGCCUAGCAGUCAGUCAGACACACUACUGUUUUGUUUACACUGACCACCCUUCUGUCCAAUGAGGCUCAGCAUAUGCUCAUAAAUAUUGUAUCUCUACCCGAUGCCCCUUCAGCAGUAAAUGUGUAUAUUUGCACAUAUAAAAUCAGUCAAAAGUUCGGACACCCCCUACUCAUUCAUAGGUUUUUCUGCAUUGUGACUAUUUUCUACAUUGUAAAACAAUACUGAAGACAUCAAAACUACGGAAUAACAUCUGGAACAUAUACGGAAUUAUGUGGUCAACAAAAAAGUAUGAAAAAAAUGAUAUGUUUCAUAUGUUAGAUUCUCCAAAGUAGCCAGCGUUUACCUUGAUGACGCUUUGCACACUAUCGGCGUCAUCUUAACCAGCUUCAUGAGGAAUGCUUUUCAGUUAACAGGUGCCUCGUCAAAAGUUAAUUAGUGCAAUUUCUUGCCUUCUUAACGUGUUUAAGAUCAAACAGUAAAUAACAAAUAAUAAAAAUACAGUAAAUAGCCCUGUUCUACAACUGUAGUAAUCCAUAUUGUGUCAAGAGUCGCUCAACUAAGUAAAGCGAAACGACAUCCAGUGUUACUUUAAAGGAACAGUC